AAUCCUAAUCGUAAUCAUUGAUACCUUACCUGAUGAUGCAUGUGACAUAGUCUGUCUUUGACAACCUGUUGUCUCUGUUUUUGUAUCUCUUUUCUAAAAGUUUCAUUGAGCUUUUUUGGGUUGUUGCCCACCAUAUUAUUCCUUCCUUUUUCCUCAUCAUCUUUCAUUUCAAUCUCUAAAACAUCCUUGGAGUAUCCCCUUCUGUUUGAGUUCCAAUGGCCUCUGAGACUGCUUCAUCGGAUCACCCGUCUACUACUGAUGAGUUGCAGGAAGUUGAGAAGAAGGUGAAUGAAGAAGAAGAAAAGCCCAAGGUGGGGGAAUCGCCAAGUCCUGCAACCGCUUCAUCUAAGCCGGAACAAGCGCACGGGGAUAAGCGUAUUGGACCUCCGUUGGUUGAGGUGGAGAAGACCGACGAUGCUCCUGCUUAUAGUACGGAGGAAAAAGACUUCAUUUCUCAUUCCCACUCUCCCGCCGCACCAGAGCCAGUAGCUGACACUAUUGAGACCCAAUCAGAAGAGCAAACAGCAAUGGAGACUGUUAUCAAAGAAGCACCGAAGCAAGUAGCAAUUGCACUAAUCGAGAAAGGGCCAGAGGAGAAACCGAAGAUAGUUGACGUUCCUGAACCGAUUGCUGAAGCCCCACAUGAACUAUUGGAAACGCUCGAUGUGCUUCCAGCAAAAGACUCGGAAUCAGUUGCAAUAGGAGAGAUUAAAAACUUGGGGGUGUCCAUAAAAGUGGAGAAACCAGAAGUUGCAGCUCUUGAAGCAGAUGAAAAGCUAGGAGAAGAACAAUAUGAACUUGAUGAACAAGUUGAGAAAGCAUACGAGGAGAUUGAGAUUAAUGGAAGUGUGGAGACUAACGCAGACAAAGACCCAAGGACUUCGGUUGAAAAAGUUGAGAAUACCCCACUUUUGAAGGAAGUGCAAACUGAUGAAGAGGAAGAAGCUGGUGUACUUAGAAAUUCUGAACAUGAAGCUCCGACUAAUCAGGAACUAGAAUCUCAAUCGGAUCUAAAAGAAGAUGAAAUGGAUUUUUCUCUACCUGUUACCAUAACUGAGAAGGUUGAUGCAGAAGACAAAAAGAAAUUGAGCGGGGCUGAUGUGGUUGUGGAGCAACUAUCAAAAAAGGUAGUGGUGGAGAAAGGAAACCUGUCAGAAGAAAAUGUAGCGAGGACUGGGGAUCAGACAGAAGUGGUGAAUGAAAAGAAAAAUGAGGUACUGGAAGAAUCAACUCUGCCAGUUGAAGUGGAGGAUGUGGAUAGUUUUCCUUCUACAACUGAAAUUAAUGAAAAAUCAGUGGAGGUCAGUAGAGAUGUUGAGGUGGCCAUUAAGGGAAACAAAGGAGCACAUAAUGUAAAAGAUGAGAUACCUGCUUUAGCUGAAACCAACAAAGAUGAGCGAGUGGAGGAAAAGCAAGCAGAAGUCACGAGAGUCGUUAGCAAACCACUUAAAGAAGCCCAGGAACCUGAGUUGCAAUUAAGAAGUGAGGAAACUGUCGAGACUAGUGAAGAUAAGUUGGAAAAAGGAAAAGUCGAAGAGAUUGCAAAAUGUGAUGUUCAGAAUCUGGAGCCAUCUGUCCAAGAGUCUAAGUUGCAAGUAAGAAGUGGAGAAACUGUAGAGACUAGUGAUGAUAAGCUGGAGAAAGGAAAAGCUGAUGAGAUUGCAAAAUGUGAUUUUCAGAAUCUGAAGCCAUCCGUCCAGGAACCUGAAUUGCUAGUUAGAAGUGAGGAAAGUGUAGAAACUGGUGAAGAUAAGCUGGUGAAAGGAAAAGUUGAUGAGAUUACAAAAGCUGAUGUUCAGAAUCUGGAGCCAUCCGUCCAACAAACUGAGUUGCAUGUAAGAAGUGAGGAGGAGAGUGCAGAAACUGGGGAGGAUAAGCUCGAGAAAGGAAAAGUGCUUCUUGAGAUAGAAAAACCAGAUGUUCAGAAUCUGGAGCCAUCCGUCCAGGAACCUGAAUUGCUAGUAAGAAGUGAGGAAAGUGUAGAAACUGAUAAAGAUAAGUUGGUGAAAGGAAAAGUUGAUGAGAUUGCAAAAGCUAAUGUUCAGAAUCUGGAGCCAUCCGUCCAGCAACUUGAAUUGCAUGUAAGAAGUGAGGAGAGUGUAGAAACUGAUGAGGAUAAGCUGGAGAAAGGAAAAGUUGUUGAGAUUGAAAAACCUGAUGUUCAAAAUCUGGAGUCAUCCGUCCAGGAACCUGAAUUGCUAGUAAGAAGUGAGGAAAGUGUAGAAACUGGUGAAGAUAAGCUGGUGAAAGAAAAAGUUGAUGAGAUUGCAAAAGCUGAUAUUCAGAAUCUAGAGCCAUCCGUCCAGCAACCUGAGUUGCAUGUAAAAAGUGAGGAGGAGGGUGUAGAAACUGGUGACGAUAAGUUGAAGAAAGGAAAAGUUGUUGAAAUAGAAAAACCUGAUGUUCAGAAUCUGGAGCCAUCCAUCCAGGAACCUGAGUUGCAUGUAAGAAGUGGGGAGAGUGUAGGAAUUGGUGAGGAUAAGCUGGAGAAAGGAAAAGUUGGUGAGAUUGCAAAAGCUGAUGUUCAGAAUCUGGAGCCAUCGGUCCAGGAACCUGAGUUGCUUGUAAGAAGUGAAAAGGACAGUGUAGAAACUGGGGACGAUAAGCUGGAGAAGUCAAAAGUUGAUGAGAUUGCAAAAGCUAAUGUUCAGAAUCUGGAGCCAUCCACCCUGGAAUCUAAAUUGCAAGCAAGAAGUGAGGAAACCUUAGAAACUGGUGAAGAAAAACAGGAGAAAGGAGAAGUUGGAGACAUUGCAAAAGCCAAUGUUCAGAAUCUGGAGCUAUCCCCCCUGGAAUCUGAAUUGCAAGUAAGAAGUGAGGAAAAUCUAGAAACUAGUGAAGAAAAACGGGAGAAGGGAAAUGUUGGUGAGAUUGCAAAAUCCCAUGUUCAGAAUUUGGAGCCAACCAUCAAUGUUGGUUAUGAGACAAAAAUAUCCCAGAACCAGACAAAAGAACAUCCAAGUAAGUCCACUCCAAAACAAUCAAAUAACAUUAUAUCGAAGGUAAAGCAGUCGCUUGUGAAGGCAAAAAAAGCCAUCAUUGGGAAAUCUCCAAACUCGAAAACCCUUUCCUCUGAAACCAAGGGUGAUCUCAAUGUCAAAUAAUGGAUUUAGACUAUGACUGCAACUGUAUAUUUUCAUGAAGAUGUGAUAUCUUUUCCCGAAUGAUUAUGUGUGAGAUAUGUAGCCAAAUUGAUGGUUUCAUUUGUGUCGUUGUUCUGAUCUCUUGCCUGCUUGAUUGCGUGCUAGCUUAAUAUGUAAAGGGUGUAUAUAUAAGGUAUGGUCCUUGCCAAACUCAAUAUUGUACAAAGUAUGAAGACAUUAUUUUCUUUUCCACCUAAUUAUAUUCUUUGCAGUUGUAUUUAAUAUUUGGUUUUGUAAUUGAUUGUUUUCAAAUAAUGAUCAGAAGACGAGAACUGUACGUGUGCUUAUAA